AAUAAGAGGCCUAAUUUCAGAGAGAAGAGCCUGGUCAGGAAGCCAGUUGAUAAUCUGAGUCCUGAGGAGCGUGAUGGCUGCACAGUUUUCUGUAUGCAGGUAGCUGCUGGCAUUCAGCCUCAAGACAUGGAGCACUUCUUCUCUGCUGUUGGCAAGGUUCUUGAUGUUCAUAUCCUCUCGGAUCGGAACUCGUGUUGCUCUUAAGGCAGCUAUGUGAAAUUCUGUGAAAUCUAGUCUGUGACUCUGGCCAUUGGGCUGACUGGGCAGCAGCUGCUGGGAGUGCCUCUCAUUGUACAGGCCUCACAGGUGAAGAAAAACUAACUGGCUUCCAUGGCCAACAGCCUACAGAAGGGCAGUGGUGGACCAGUGCGCCUUUCUGUGGGCUCCUUGCACCUCAGUAUUGCCGAGAACAUACUCCAGGUGAACCCUUUGGCAAAGUGGGUAGAAAAUGAAGGAAACCCCCGAUGGGAAUUGGAAAAUAUAGGGAGGAUUGAUAAUAUUAUCCUGAUGAAGGACUCGGGUACAGGCCACUCUAAAGGUUAUGGUUUCAUUACGACCAGAAUCUCUUUCUGCCAUGCUGCUGUGGUGCUGCUGAUGAAGAGGACUAGAGAGCAGGGGCCCUCUGGCCAUCAGGUCACUGAGUUAGCAGCUCUAAUGUGGGGUAGGAUUGGGGGUGCAGCCUUGCUCUCAGCACCAGAUGGUGUUCCCUCCCAAGCUGGCCAUGUGACUAAGUGACUGGGUGAUGGCACAAACAUCACUUUUCCUGAUGGGGACCAGGAGCUGGAUCUGAGUUCAGCCAGUGGACGUUUGCAUCUCAUGGCCAAUUUGUCAGAAGGUUCUGGAAUCCAGCUACCAACCACAGCAGCUGCUGCUGCAGCCCAAGCUGCUGCUUUACAACUGAAUGAGGCAGUUCCCCUGGGGGCCCUGAACCCAGUGGCUCUGACUGGUGGAUUUGGACUUGGGAAAGGGAGAGAAUGGUCGGGGUCUGGAAAGAAGGGAUGCUGUGUGCUCACCAAUUCACUCUGCCUCUCUGUCCCAGCUCUGAGUCUGGCCCUGAACCUUGCCCCCCAGGCAGUCACCUCUCAGUGCUUCCAGCUUUCCAGCCUCUUUACCCCCCAAACCAUGGUAAAUCAGUGGCACCGUACACUGCUUCCCUGUGCUUCUAGGUCCUGCCCUUCUCUUUUCCUCAUCUGCCCUCCCACAGCCCCUUCUCUACAUUUUGUGGACCAAGCUAUCCUGAGGGCAUGGACAUUGAUUGACUCGGGGGGAAAUCGGAGCCACCUUAGACACCAAGAAGAGCUCCUGCCUAUGGCCCCGUUGGGAAUGGAUCCUGCUGAGCAACGCAACUAACACCUGCACUGAACACCUGUUUCUCCAUAUAUGUAGUCUGCUGGGGUGACCUGCCAACCACCUCUCAGUGAUCCCUUGAUUCCUCCCCCAUUGGGAAGGCCAUAGGGCGUUAACUGAAGGCACUAACUGCUCUCCUUUUCCUAUACCUUUACAAUCUGUUGAGGAAAACCCUUAAGACCUCUAGUCCAAGAGGACUUUGGGAUUUGGGGGGUGAACCUUGAAGGUGCUGGCUUGCUGCUGCCAGGGCACUGGAAGAUAGCAUGGACUUGUGUGUUGUGAGGCCUGUCUUAGACCUAAGCCUACCUUAGAACUACUGCUAUGGGCUCAGCAUCUUUUUGGGAAUGAUUUAUCCUGCCAGGCAUUUUGGAUGUCAUAGGGGGAUUCAGGAAUUUUGUGAAAGGUGGAGUACCUUUCCAUUAUCUGCCCUCUUUUUUGUAUAGUUGUCCUUCCUCCCAGGUCCUUCCUUUGGCCCAGUGUAGGAGGGUGGAGGAGAGGCUGCUACUCUGCUACUUCCCAUGUGCCUCUACCAUGGGCUCAGCCCCAGCUGUUAAAGCUGCUCCUGUCCCCUACCUGGGCACGUGUGAGCCUUUCUCACUGGAUUUUAUACCCUUGUGUCUGUGUAUGUAAAUGUGUAUGUGUGUAUACACAUACACACAUAGGCAUUAUGUAUUUGUGUAUAUAUACAUACAUAUAUGUAUGUACGUAUAUAUAAACUGUAUGAAAGGCAAGCCCCACUUUGUGGCUGCUGCCCACAUGUGUGUCAGUUACUUGCUGUGUCUGUCACCUUCUCAUGAGCCAAAAUCAUGAAUAGUUCUUCUAGGGAUAUAAAACAUUUGUAAUGCCAUUGCAUUUUAUUUCAAUUCUGUUUCAUUUAGCCUUUAGGAAGAAAAAUGGACAGACCUCUCAGCUCCCAUCUGGGUCUGCAUUCCAUGGUCUCGUCCUCCAUCUGUCUACAUAACCUCCAAACCUUUGUGCCCACUGGACAAGCCUCCAGCCUCAUUGUGCCUAAGGACAGCUCUUGUCUUUCCACCAGAUGGCAGUGUGACAGUAGCACAUUCUGCACCUUCCUCCAGGGGUGUUUGAUUAUCUUGAAGAGCUUAAGUACCAGUGAAGCCCCUAAACUCACCAUUCACCACUGGCCUCCAUACCCACCUUUGGCCCUCUGUAUAGUAGAAAUCCCAGUCCAAUAUCCAAAGGGGUCUGGGCACCACAUGGCAGGACUGCCCAGGCCUUAAGUCCGCUAUUGUCUCAGUAUCUCCCAACCCUUGCAUUCCCUAUAGCUCUGCCUGCGCCAACACAGGUCUGAAUUCUCAGGGAGCUCAGCCUUUCAGGAAUGGCCCUGCCAAAGCAGAUACACACCUUCCUUUUCCUGUCUUGUAGGACUUAAAGCAAGAGGCUGGCCAGAGCCUGGCUCACCAGCUAGGGACCAACCAAGAGGAGGUCUGAGGUUCAGGGGCAAGGCUCUCUGGGGCUCCUCCAUUCUUUCCUGGUGUCUAUGGCAACCGAAUGUUAAGAAUUUAUUGUCAUGCUAAAAAUACGGUAAUUGCUGCUAGGUUUUAAUUUGUCAGCUCUCAGACUUCGAAGCAGAGUGAUGUUUUUGGUAAUGUUAGCUUACAGGGUGGCUUUUAACACUGAAGUAUUAAGUAGUUGCAGCCUGCUUGUGGCAUACAAGGCCUUAGGGACCCAGGGCUAGCUCUUGUCUUCCUGGCUGCUGAAGUCUCAAUUGCUGUUCACCCCCACCCCUUCCCUAUCCAGUUUGCUCUCUGGCCCUGGGGGAAGGGAUGGUGGCGGCAUUAUUUUAAGGUAGGAGCAGCUGGCUAUGGCCCAAUCUCUCUAUGGUUAUUGAUUUGGCUGCUGAUGGAUCCUGCGAAGCAAAGUUCGGAUGUGUGUGUGAGGCAGCGUAUAAGGCUCUGGACCAGGCCUUCUCUUGGCAAUCUUGAAUUCCUCCAACUGUAAAUACCCAUAGGCCUUGCCUACCUGCCUCAGCUGGGUCCCCCUCUCUGCUUGGUUUCCUUAUGUUCCCAUCCCUACCUACUUUGGUUUUCCUGUACUUUGGUUCCUCCUACCUCAGUUCUUGCAUUGUUCUUAGUUCCUUGUACAGCUUGUCUAGGGAAGAGACUGGUGGAAAUGAGGAAACAUCUAAAGCAGCAACUGUAGUCUUAACCCAUGUAAGGUGACAGCAUCUAGUAAGUGACAGCUGGUGUCAUUGCAUAUGACUCAGCACCUUUUUGUUACUCAUCUCUCUUUUGGGGGUGGUUGGAGUGGAGAGAAGGGGGGCCAUAAACAAGCUGUGGGCUCAGGCUAAGGUAGAAGAAACCUCCCUCAAUUUCUGCCUGAGCCUGGUGGUAGAAGUAAGUGACCCAGAUCCUUUCCCAGCAUGGUUAGAAUUUCCCCACCAGUCCUCAGUUCUAAAUGGGAUUUUCACCUGACUUUGGCUUAUAACCUGUGCUUCUGUCAUCCCUAAGGCAGUGGCAUUUCCUCCCUGUUCUUUAAACUGCUGUUCUUGAGUUUGGGAUUUGUUCGGCUUGCUUUCUUCUUAGGUGCCAACAACCCCCAGAUGUGAGCUACCAGUGGAAGCAGGGGUUUGACCUAUCUAUGCACCUUUGUUGGCACUUAGGAUGGAGGAAAAGGAGUUAAAAACUUGGAGUGAAAUCUUGUCACAGCCCCUCCUUUCUCUAAGGGAAGGGUCUGGUGAGAACUGGGAAGCAAUUCUUGGGCAGUAAGAAGCAGCUAUCCUGCCUCUAACCAGUGAGGUGGAAGGUGGUGGAGUAAUGAUAAUUGUUGCAUUCCACAGGAUUUGGUGUGGGGUAGGCCCUGCUUUAAUCACUGCAUAUGUCUUGAAUUAUGUAUUCCUCACGAGGAUCCUCCAGGGUAGAAGCUUUUGUAUACUUUGUAAAUGAGGAAACUGAUAGCCAAAGAGGUUAAAAUAAAUUGCCCCACAAUUAUAAUCAGCAGGUUUGAGAUUCCAAUCCAGGCAGUCUGGCUUUAUAUGCCUUGAUAUUAAUCUUAACCCACCUUUCAGCACUAAGAAAAGCUAAGGCCUUGGAGUCACGGGGAAGUAUAACUUUCUCUCUAUACCCAGAAUUUUCAGUAUAUCCUGAAUUUUUCCACUUCCUUGUCUUCUCAUCUUGUUCUCUCUUCCCACAGGUUCUGGUCAAAGUCCUGUCCUUUAAGACUCUGAAGCUUUCCUCGUUGGAGUUGAUUUCUCUUUUCAGUAUUCUUUGUCCUAUUAGAGGUCUUAUUCUGUGUUUAUUUACAGUUCUUUUUAAAUUUUUCUAGGUGGUUAUAGUCUGUAUGAGGCCAGCCUUUUUCAUUACUGCUUGCUUUGCACGUAUUACAUGUCUGUUGAGUUAAUUCCUUCUCAGCUUAGAGCCAGGCUUCUGAAGGCCAUCCAUUCUAGCCUGCUUUCUCUAGCAGCCUCAGCCAUUCCUUCCUCACCUCUCCAAAAGAGGAGGUAGCUUCACUCUUUCAGGUGUUACCAUGGUAGUCCCUGAUUCUCUUUUUAAAGUGCUGCUUACCAGAGACAUGUUUCUAUGGCAACCAGGUGAAGUCAGUAGUCAUGAGCUGGAUGCAGGAAAGGAAUUUGGGUAUGAGAAACCGUGCAGCUCAAUCUUCUGGCUUCAAGUAUCCCUUCUCCUUUGUGACUUAUGCACUUCAUAUCCAGAACUCAUUUGCUCUCAGUGUGCUCUUGGUUGAGAGAGCUCUGUGAGAGAUGAAGCAGACCAACCAACUUAACUCACGUGGAAGUGGAGGCAAGGAAGGACCUGAAUAAAGAUCACUUUUAAAAGUUGGAUGAGUUCUCUUAGCUGUCCCAGGUGAUCUGCUCUCAAGAGCCUGUAAGAAUUGGCUGCAAUUACAAGAGAGC